AUUUUAUUCUUUUUUGGGGGUAGGGGGUGGUAGGGGCUCUAAGAUUUUUUAUGUGGGUGAUGGAGGAAGGGCGAUACCGAAAAGUUCUUUUUUCUAUCGCCGCUCAACUAUGAUAGAACAUCUUUUUGACCCGGUUGGUUUAGAAUCCGUAAUUUUCAACCAUGGUACUCCGUCACCUCGCCCGGCCACUGGCCCGAUUCAUUCACACCCAAGCCUACAAAGACCUGAAAACCGAUCCCCAUGUUGUCGAACAAUAUUUCCGUAUUUCACCCACGUUUGAUCGAUUGAACAAAGCGACAUCAACCCAGCAUUCGGCUAUUGCUCCCGGUUCAUUCUCUCUCGACGAUUUCAUUCUUUUUCCCAACUUUUUAAGUUCGGAAGAGCAUGAUCGCAUCGUUGAUAUCUGCAACCGCAAACUAAAACGAGUCCUGGGUCGCAAUGCUCCUUACGUACAGGGCCACUUUGAUAAAGUCAUUACCGGUUACAAAGAGUGUAGGGCAAGUCACUGGGGCUUUCGGGAAGACGAUGAACGAGAGAUCUAUAUGAACCGAUUGGUAAAGGAACGCAUAUACUCUUUGUUCCCCGAUAAUUAUCGCUGGCUGGACCCUCAUAUUCUAGAUCUAAGUCCCGACGGGGAGAUCCGAGGCCAUGUGGAUAAUAUAGAGGCAUCUGGAUCCGUAGUAGCUGGAUUGUGUUUACUGUCGCCGGCGAAAAUGACACUGCAGCAUGAGAAAGACCCGGAAUGCCGUGUGGAUGUGCUGUUGGAGCCCGGAUGUUUCUACAUUCAAAGAGAUACUAUCCGAUACAAUUUCACCCAUGCCAUUGCUGGUGCGACAGAGAGUAUAUGGAAUGGCAAGCCAAUUCAAAAAGACCGUCGUAUAUCGCUUUUGUUUAGAAAUGAGAAAGACGAUGUCAAAGGACAAUGAUUACAACAUAGAGGUAUUGCAGGCUUAAAAAAUCAAUGUCUUUUUUGUUUAUAGACGAUUGCUUCCGAUGUGACCUAUUUAUCUACAAAAACUAUCAACUGCUCGUAUCGUUUAACCUUCCCAGUGUGCUAAAGAACGACCAUGAAUAAACACAUU